AGCACAAACCGAAUUUUCGUUCAUUUAGCUCAUCUAUAUCUAUCUAUUAUUAUUAUUUUUUUUAAAAAUCGUUAACCAGCCGGCAGGAUUUGGGGGGGACAGGCUUUCGCCCUGGAGCGGUGCGCGAUGCUGUCUCACGCCGACCUCCUGGACGCCCGACUCGGGAUGAAGGACGCGGCUGAGCUGCUGGGGCACCGAGAGGCGGUGAAGUGCCGCCUGGGGGUCGGAGGCUCGGACACGGUGCACCCCGGGGAUCUGAGCAAUAAUGCGGACCCAGUGGAGGGCACCACCCUGCUGCCAGGAGAGGACAUCACCAGCGUGGGCUCCAACCAGUCCUCCCUGGCGGUCAGCUCCAAAGACCCCGACAAACAGCAGCAACAGCAGAACCCGAACCAGUCCGGGCAGCAGCAGGGGCAGAACCAGGGGCAGCAGAAACAGAAGAGGCACCGGACCCGCUUCACGCCGGCACAGCUCAACGAGCUGGAGAGGAGCUUCGCCAAGACCCACUACCCAGACAUCUUCAUGAGAGAGGAGCUGGCGCUCAGGAUCGGCCUUACGGAAUCCAGGGUACAGGUCUGGUUCCAGAACAGACGCGCAAAGUGGAAGAAGCGCAAGAAGACCACCAACGUGUUCCGUGCCCCCGGUACCCUCCUGCCCACCCCUGGGCUGCCCCAGUUUCCUUCAGCAGCAGCUGCAGCGGCAGCAGCGAUGGGUGACAGCCUGUGUUCCUUCCACGCCAACGAUACCCGCUGGGCCACGGCCGGAAUGGGGGUCUCCCAACUCCCAUUACCUCCAUCUCUGGGCAGGCAGCAAGCCAUGGCACAGUCCCUGUCCCAGUGCAGUCUGGGAGCCGGCCCCCCGCCCAGCUCCAUGGGCCUCUCCAACAUGGGCUCCAAUGGCACGGGGCUGCAGUCACACCUCUACCAGUCUGCCUUCCCCGGCAUGGUGCCCACUUCAUUGCAGGGUCCCAGCAACGUGUCGGGGUCCCCGCAGCUCUGCAGCUCCCCGGACAGCAGUGAUGUGUGGCGGGGAACCAGCAUCGCGUCACUGCGCCGUAAAGCACUUGAGCACACAGUUUCCAUGAGCUUUACUUAAUAUCCCCCACCCCUGUAUUAUCCCCCAUUUACCCCCAGCCCCCCCCCUAUUCCGUUCAUUGUCCCAGAGCAGGAGUGAUCGUGCCAUGGCCUGUCCUCCUUCAUUAGCUCGCCGGGAAACUGCUGUAUGAUCCGAAGGCAGGAUGGCAGGCAAUCCCUGUGAAUCCAGCCGGCUACUCCCAUAAUGCCCAGCCAGCCACUUUGGGUGAUGGGAGUUGUCUUUGUAUCUUGCUGCAUCUCCCUGGCAGGCAUCAUAGAGGGGGGUACAGCAGGGUAGGUCAUACAGAGUCAAGAAAUACACUUCUGCUCCCACAGCCUCAUGGCUUAACCCCUUCCUAGCCAGAGGGACGCAAUAUGCUGCUCUCUGUGACUAUUAGUGAUUCCACAUUCCAAAUCACAGUCACCAUCCUCUUUCUUUUCCAAAUUCCUGCUUUAAUUCACCCCCCCAGCCAGUCCUAACCCAGUGGGCUUACAAAAGAAAUACCAUUUUCCAAGCACAAUUAUCCUUUCUAAAAUAGAUUGUUCACAAAUGGAUUUCUUUUGUGAGGACAAAAUACUCUUCUGUCAUAGAAGAAACAGCAUCCUUUUUUUUUUUUUUUGCAAAAAAAAAUAAAAUAAAAAUCUUUAAGAAGAAAUAACCAUAAUCAGUACUAUAUUUUCCCUCUAGAGAGGGAAAGCACUUCACUUUUCUGAGGAUCAGUUGGCAGCUCUGCCUUUUUAACCCUUGAUGCAUUGCUCAGGCCACUCGCCCUGUAUCCCCAACAGGCCAGUGGUAGCCAUGGGGCACAUGUAAAUUUCUAACCCUGGACUUUGUACAGAGAACCAAUCAGCUUUUCUGCAUGUGCUGGUCAAAUCCACGUCCAGAGAUCAGAAGCGAUUUCUAAGAAUGAAGAAGAUGUGAAAUAGGAUGUUUUGUGUAGAUAAAGCAUUCUUGUUACAUACUGGUCAGUUUGUGAUAUGUUUUAACUUAUUGUCUGUGCUUAUUUAUUGAUUUUGGGUUUUCUUAAAUGUUCAAGCGAAUAAUGAAACCUAUUAUUUGAAUUUUCUGGACAAGUUUAUAUCAAUUUAACGUAAAUGGAUAAAUAAAAUCAUUUUCAGUAUGCGAUCUGGAAAA